GGCUCUGUUUCUGGACUAAAGCGUUUGAACAUGUCGAGCCUGAAGGGAGUGGCGGAGCGAGGUACCCGAGUGGGUUUCAGAGCUGAGAGGGGAGACUUCGGUGCUUCAGUACCGCAGGGGCUGUUAAAGGCAGCGAGGAAGAGCGGCCAGUUAAACCUGUCGGGUCGGAAUCUCAGUGAAGUACCUCAGUGUGUCUGGAGAAUAAAUGUGGAUAUUCCUGAGGAAGCUAAUCAGAAUCUUUCAUUCAGUGCUACUGAGCGAUGGUGGGAGCAGACGGAUUUGACCAAACUAAUCAUAUCCAACAAUAAACUUAAGUCACUGACAGAUGACCUACGACUCCUGCCUGCACUCACUGUUCUUGAUAUACAUGAUAAUCAGCUGACAUCCCUUCCUUCUGCUAUAAAAGAGUUAGAAAAUCUUCAGAAACUUAAUGUCAGCCAUAACAAACUGCAAAUACUUCCUGAAGAAAUUACAAAUUUAAGAAACCUGAAAGGUCUAUAUCUCCAGCAUAAUGAACUAACUUGCAUUCCAGAGGGAUUUGAACUUUUCAAUUUAGAAGAUUUGGAUAUUUCCAACAAUCGUCUUACAACUGUUCCUGCUAGUUUUUCUUCUCUCUCCAGUCUGGUGCGGCUCAAUCUUUCCAGUAAUCAACUGAAGAGUUUGCCAGCAGAAAUAAGUGGAAUGAAAAGAUUAAAGCAUUUGGAUUGUAAUUCAAAUCUCUUGGAAGCUGUACCCCCUGAAUUGGCUAACAUGGAGUCACUAGAAUUGCUUUAUUUGAGGAGGAAUAAAUUACGUUUUCUACCAGAAUUUCCUUCUUGUAGAUUAUUAAAGGAAUUACAUGUAGGUGAAAACCAGAUUGAAAUAUUAGGGCCAGAACAUCUUAAGCAUCUGACUUCUAUCCUUGUGCUAGACCUGCGGGAUAAUAAGUUAAAAUCUGUUCCAGAUGAAAUUACACUACUACAGUCUUUGGAAAGGCUUGACCUAAGCAACAAUGAUAUUAGUAGUCUACCCUGUUCAUUGGGAAAACUUCAUUUGAAAUUUCUGGCACUAGAAGGAAAUCCUUUGAGAACUAUACGAAGAGAAAUUAUAAAUAAAGGAACCCAAGAAGUCUUAAAAUAUCUGCGAAGCAAGAUUAAAGAUGAUGGACCUAGCCAAAAUGAUUCUGUUGAGACUGCCAUGACACUACCAAGUGAAUCCAGAGUCAAUGUACACGCUAUCAUCACAUUAAAAAUAUUAGACUAUAGUGAUAAACAAACAACUUUAAUUCCUGAUGAAGUAUUUGAUGCAGUAAAAAGCAACAUUAUCACUUCUGUUAACUUCAGUAAGAAUCAGCUAUGUGAAAUUCCUAAAAGGAUUGUGGAACUGAAAGAAAUGGUUUCUGAUGUCAAUCUCAGUUUUAAUAAGCUUUCCUUUAUAUCCUUGGAAUUAUGUAUGCUUCAAAAAUUGACUUUUUUAGAUCUCAGGAACAAUUUUUUAAAUUCUUUGCCUGAAGAAAUGGAAUCGCUGAUAAGACUACAAACAAUUAAUCUCUCCUUUAACAGGUUCAGAAUACUACCUGAAGUUCUGUAUCACAUCCCCACACUUGAAACAAUUUUGAUUAGUAACAAUCAGGUUGGAUCUGUGGAUCCUCAGAAAAUGAAGGCAAUGGAAAAUCUGAUCACCUUGGACCUUCAAAAUAAUGACCUCCUACAAAUUCCGCCAGAGCUUGGUAAUUGUGUGAACUUAAGAACACUACUACUAGAUGGAAAUCCAUUCCGUGUUCCUCGAGCAGCCAUAUUAAUGAAAGGAACAGCUGCUGUUCUGGAAUAUUUGAGAGACCGGAUUCCUACUUAAAUUGGAGUUGUUUUAUAAUCUUGGUCAUGUUAAUUCUUAGACUUCUUACAUUGAUAAGUAACGUUUUUCUAAGGUAUUGUUCAUUUGUAAUGGUGAUAACCACAUACAGUGUUCAUGCAUUUAUUCUGAAUGUUUUGCAUAAGAUUUAUCCUACUUUCAUUCCUUAUAAGAUAGUAAACAAUUUCUUCAAAGGUGAUUUUUUAUUUAAGUUAGUUUGAUAUUUUUAUAAUGAGAAAGCAUUUUUGUAGAAGUGGGAUUUUCCCCAACAUUUCUGUUCAUGUUACAUUUAAUGUGACUAGUUGAUUUGAAUAUGACCAUCUAAUUUCUACCUUUUUUGUUAGAUAUAAAAUUGAAUUGAAUUUUAUUCAAAACUGUUCUUUGGCAUUUAAAAAAAUAAGGCUUUUCCUUACCCGUGAUAAGACUUUUGUGAUGUGGUUGGUCUUGGUAUAAGUUUUAAAUUAACAUUCACUGUCUUGCUUUUGUUUUAAUCUAGUUGAAAUGUUUCUUGUCUAGCCUUUUCCCUACAUUUUAUGAAACCAUUUUGUCAUAAUAUCUAAUGUAACAGGAAUGUUACACGAGAUGUAGUUAUUGGCAGAGAAAACAGUAAAAGCGUUGUUUAAGUUGCUCUCACAAUUUUGAAUUUAAAACUUGACAAGUUUUUUUAAAAUGAUUUCUUACUAUUAAGUUUCCAUACAGUAACCUAGUACUUCUAGAUUCAAGAAAUUUGAAGGGAUUCGAUCUGCAUAUUUUUCCCUCAGUGUGUUUACAAAUACCUUUUGUUCUUCUUUAAAAAGUAUUGAAGAGCUUAUUUUAAUUCUGUAGAUGUCAGCAACAGAAAAUAACUAAUAACAUAUACCACAUAAAGUCUUCGAAAUUUCUGAAGUAAUUUACUAAGCAGAUAUUUGUAUACAUUAUCUACUCUGUUGGUGUGUUCUAAUCCAACCUUGUGCAUUUAUUUUUUUUAUUUCCAGGGCCUUACUUCUCAAAUUUAUUUAUGAUCUUCAUAAGACUAAACUUGUAGUCAUGUGGAAAUUUUCUAAAAGGGAAUUUGUUACAGGUUAACUUGAUUUAGUAAAAAUAAAGUAGAAAUAUUUUUAUUUGUACCAAAAAUAUCAGAGGUAGGCUGAUCAGUCAUAAUAAAACUUACCAUUUGAUUCUAUUAAGUAGCCAAUCAACAGAAUGUAUAUUAACUUAUAUAGAUAGGCAGGUAGGUAGCUAGCUAGCUUUUGGGUGAUUGAGGCAUGCUCAUAUUAUGAAAAAACUCAUUGCUAAUAAAGAUAAAUACUACAUGUUCAUAAUAAAAGUUACAUUUUCAAAUAUGGAUUAUAAUAGUUGUUUUUGGCUUAAAAAAACAUGCCCUUUUCGUACUACAACUCUGUGGCUAAGAAAUCUGCUUCGAUAUUAGACAAAAGACACUUUACAAUAAUGUGACAUUUUAUUAUUUAUACAAUAAAGAGACUUUUAUGUUA